AUGAGUCUGUCAGUGAAUGAACACGAGCUGCUGCAAGAAUAUGAGCUCAGUUCAUUGCAACCAAGGCAGUGGGAAGACAUAAAGCGACAAAAACCGAGCCGGUCGAAAGAGUCUGCGUUUCAACAUCACAACGAUUGGACUGAUCCCCUCGGUCUUCAUUCAACAGUGCCGACAUUAAGUUCUAACGAUGCCAAUAUCCUCAGCAAGGUUAAUAUAACAAGCAAGGCAUUCGACGCGAAAACAUUCCUCAAUACUGUGCAUCCGAACGCGUCGUACUCCGAACUUUCUCAUGGCGCAGCGAACUUGAAACGAAGCAUGGCACAGGGCUCCGAGGCUUUGAAGGUGCUAGUUGACCAAAAUUUCGACAGAUUUGUGACUGUGAAGGCCACAAAUGAUAGCGUAUUUCGUGAGAUGAGUGAGUCUAUGGGUGGUCCCUUCGGAUCUGCGCCAGAUGAAGGUGUUGAGGGACUCCGCACGUCUGUCACUAGUGCCAAUUCUCAAGCUGACGAUGUAUUUCGACCUGUGCUUGAAAACUACGUAAAGUCUGUCAAGCUUCGGAACACGCUCGGUGUGUUUCAACGCUCACGCUUCUUUUUCAAUCUGCCCGGUUCGUUGCAUGAAAAUGUCGAAGCUGGGCAUUAUGAGGCAGCUUUGCGUGACUACCUGAAGGGCAAAUACCUGCUCGAGAAUCGACCCAGUCAAAUUCUUCCGCUCCAAAACGAGUCCAAUACACCACCGACGGAAAGUCAGCUCGCACAGCAACGGCGCAUUUUUGCUCGUGUCUGGGAUGCCGUCGACGAGAUUAUGUACGAUAUGCAAGGCAAGCUUGUUGAUAUUCUCCGUCAACCGAAUCGAAGUAUCGAUGAGCAAGAGAAAUGCUUCGAGGUUCUGCUAACACUAGAUCCAACGACAGAUCCUGUUGCUGUCUUUCUUGAAGCUCAGCAUAACCAUAUCUUGUCUCUCUUGCGUUCGACAUUUGAGCAACAAGUACACGCCAUACAGCAGCAAGCGGAUCCUAGCAAGGCUUGCACAGAUUUGGAGCGUGCAAAAGAUCUACAUGAUUGCUUGGUUCUUGUCCGCACGUCUGAUGGUGCGAAGCCAUCAUUCGAUAAGAUGCUGGGCGUCUCGCAUUGGCACCUGAUCGACACAAUGGUCUCGGAAGUGUGUCGAGUAACCCUACAGUCUGUGCCAACGUUCUGGCGUGUCGCUCGCGACCACGCUGAGGGCAAGUUCAGCAAGGAAAAGGUGAUUCUCAAUUCACCCAUUCACAAGCAGUCCAAGGCAUGGGCUCUCGAGUGUAUCGAACUGUUCACCAAAAGCCUGACAAAGUUCUUUGAUCUGCAACCGUUCCAAGUACGCGCAAAUCAGUCACUUCCGGCACGACAGCUGCCGGCGUGGGUGCCGGCGAUAAGCUGCUCGCUCAGCACGACGAAUUAUAUGAAUAGCAUUCUGUCAACGAUUGCUGAGACAGUCAGAGAACUGAAUUCUUUGUCGAUUCCUAGUACGUCGACUCAGCUGCAUGCGCUUCUUCUCGAUAUCCGCUUCCAGUUUACGGAGGUGCAUUGUCAUUUGUGGCAACAUGAUGCUAAACUGUGUCACUAUCUGGAAAACUGGAUACCCAACUCACAACAACCAUCUAUCACGUCUUAUCUGUUCUCGUUUUCUGUAUUUAAUCGAUGGAAUGCUCGCGAAGGUUUCUAUAUCGCCGACGUUCGCACAAAAAUGUCUCAAGGAACGCCUGAAAAUGAAAUCGACGCAGCAUUCAUCAUGCAUCUCAAGACUACAUUUAUCCACGUGCUGCAUACGUUUCUUGAGGGGAUUGUACUUGCAGCACAGUCAGUUCACGACAUACCCGAACUCUGGUCUCUGCUCCGUCCGCCCCAUGACGUUGCUGGGCUCACAGCACGUGAUCGAGACACGCGCAUCCUCUUGAGCGUGUCGAAUUUGACGCAGUUACGCACACAUGUCAUAUCAGCUUGGAUCAAGCAGUUCGAAGAUGCUUACCAUGUGACGCUGACUCUCGAAAGACAGGAGCUGCUCGACGUCUGUUUACGACUUGACAAUGAAUUACUGUCUGACUCGGUCCGCCGCAAAGGAGAAGACAUUAGGGACAUUAUUCGACGGGGCAUUUUGGAGGAAGGCAUCCAGUGGAACAACUGCCCGCAUCCGUCAGGCGUCAAUCCAUUUGUGUAUCAAGCUUUGCUCCGUCUUGUUCAAGUGCAUGCGCAGAUCCGUGCGACCGUGCCGGCAUUGGUGUCGCGUGUCAUUACAGCACUUGUGGAGAUUAUGGCUGAUGCCAUUCUCCAUGCUUACUCACAAAUUCUGGCUUUCAACACAGUGUGGCAUGCUACAAGCCACGCUCGAAAUUGA